GGGUGGGAGGCGAGGCACGCAGGGGUUCCCGAGUCUGGCUCGGCACCAGGCCUGCGGCCUUCGGCCCUGGGGCCACUGGGGCGGCCGCGCCCCGGAGCGGGAGGAGAGCACGCGGGGCCGGGCGGCUCAACCGGUGCAGCCAUGGGCUCCCGCGGCUCCCACGCCGCGCGCAUUCCCGACGGGGACAGCAUCCGGCGGGAGACGGGCUUCUCGCAGGCCAGUCUGCUCCGCCUCUACCACCGGUUUCGGGCACUGGACAGGAACAAGAAGGGCUACCUGAGCCGCAUGGAUCUGCAGCAGAUUGGGGCGCUGGCCGUGAACCCCCUGGGAGAGCGCAUUAUAGACAGCUUCUUCCCUGACGGGAACCUGCGAGUGGAUUUCCCAGGCUUUGUCAGAAUCCUGGCUCAUUUUCGACCUGUGGAUGAUGAGGACCCAGGCAUGCGAGACCCCAGGGAACCUGAACCCCUCAACAGCAGAAUGAAUAAACUUCGCUUCGCAUUUCAGCUCUAUGACCUGGAUCGAGAUGGAAAGAUCUCCAGGCAUGAGAUGCUACAGGUCCUCCGGCUGAUGGUUGGGGUGCAGGUGACAGAAGAGCAGUUGGAGAGCAUCGCGGACCGCACGGUGCAGGAGGCAGAUGAAGAUGGGGAUGGGGCCGUGUCCUUCCUGGAAUUCACCAAGUCCCUAGAGAAGAUGGACAUCGAGCAGAAAAUGAGCAUCCGGAUCCUGAAGUGACCCCCUUUGGCGCCUUUGACUAGCUUACACAGACCAGUUCAGCCUGGGAUUUAUCUUCAGCCACCCAAGGGGCAGGGCCCCCAUAAACUGUAUUUUUGUGUCUAUGCUAAAUUCUAUUUAGGACCAAGGAGAGAAAGCCAGAAGGGCAUGUACUAAAUAAAGUCUAGCUCAUUUGA